AUGAUUUUGCCUAUAAAAUAUGAUGAUUAUAAAGAAUUUGAUGUAAAUCGUUAAUUGCAUGAUCAAGCAAGAGAUUUUAGAUUAGUGUAAUAGGGACUUCUUAAAUAGUAACUAUAUGAUCAACAGUUGGAAAUGGAGAAAAGAAAGAGAUCUCUAACAACACAAAAAUAAAGAGAGGAACUGUUAUACUUAGAGAAUUUGAGGAAAGAAAAAGAAAUGCGUAAUCUUAUGGAAGGACAAAACAAAUAAUUUAUAAAGAAGGAUUUAUCAAAAUGGUAUGAAAAUUCACUAACUAAUUAAAGAAUCAUCCAAGAAUAGCUAGUAAUGUUAUCUAUAUUGAUAGAGAUAAGAAAGAUAAUAAAUUGAAUAAUAGAUUGUUGAUACUGCAAAAUAAGGAUAAACAAUGGCUGAAUUCUAUGAAAAAUAAAAAAAAGAUUAUUAUAGAAAGGUGUAAGAUUAAUAAUAUGGUCAAGUGUAGAUAAAAAAGUUAAAUGAAUAAAAUUAUAAAAAAUUUGAUUAGGCAAUUUAUUAAGAAUAAGUUCAUUAAGAGAAUACAAAAAUAUAAAAGAAGUUAGAUAAUUAUAAAUAAGUACUUAAUUUGUUAUAUAUUAAAAGUAUUAUCAAAAUGUCUAAAAUAGAUAACAAUAAUUAUAGGCUAUGUAUUUGGAAAAUUAUAGAGAUCCUAAAUAAGGAUUAGAUGAUAUUAUCUUAAAGAAUGUAGAACAAAAGUAAUAGUAAGAUGAGAAAUAAUACAGAUAUUAAAAAGAAUUAGAAGAUGUAUCUAAGGAGAAAUAUAAUUCAAUAUUAUCAAUUUAAUUACAAGAAUAAUAAUAAAAGAGAAGACAGAAUAGACAUGAUGCCAAAUCAUAUGGCUAUUAACAGGGUAAUUCUGUUUAUUGGUAUAAUUCUGAUAGACAAAAUAAUGUAUGAAUAUUUAAUAGAUAUUAGAUAUCAACACCUGCUAAAAGUGUUGUUUCUGAUCAAAAUUAAUAAUAUAAUCCACUUACUAAUCCUAAUCCAAAUCAAAUACAGAAUCCUUAUAUACUAAAACAAUUGGGAAUGAAUCUAAAUGAUUUGCCUACUCCAGCUUAUACUAAAUCGAAGUUAGCUUCAAUGGGAAAGUUUUGCAUAAAUUGA